AUCACAUAACUGUAAUGUAACUUGUACUCUUCAGGAAAGAAAAAACGUUUUCCUCAGCUUAUCAAGGUGGCAGUGUGAUUCUUAACUUUAGCUCAAGGAGGAGGGACACUUUUUCUCCCCAAAUUUCUACGAACUUCUAAAUAAGAGGGGAAGUGAAAACUGGUUAUCUUCCAGAGGCUAUCGGGAUUGUGCUGCGUUGUAAAGUAGAAAAAAGUUGUUACUAUCACUCAGAAUGUCUCUAAUUCGUCGGAGAAAAGGCGGAGAAGCCGAUAAGACUGCCAGUGCGGGGUUGAAGAUUCAGAGCGAAAGGAAAGAAGAAAAAGAAGAUGAUGAUAAAAAGAAGGCAGCGGCGAAGCAGAGCAAGAAGGCGGAGAAGAAGAGCAAAUGGUCUUGCGUUGACAAUUGUUGCUGGUUCAUCGGUUGCAUUUGUUCUGUGUGGUGGUUAUUGCUGUUUCUGUACAAAGCUAUGCCAGCUUCGUUCCCUCAGUAUGUGACAGAGGCGAUAACUGGACCGUUGCCUGAUCCACCUGGUCUGAAACUGAAGAAAGAAGGGCUGACGGCAAAGCAUCCGGUGAUCUUCGUGCCGGGGAUCGUCACCGGGGGCCUUGAGCUUUGGGAGGGUCACCAGUGUGCUGAGGGCUUGUUCCGGAAACGAUUGUGGGGCGGUACAUUUGGAGAAGUCUACAAAAGACCUUCAUGCUGGGCAGAGCACAUGUCACUGGACAACGAGACAGGAUUAGAUCCACCUGGUAUUAGAGUCAGGCCUGUCUCUGGACUUGUGGCUGCUGAUUACUUUGCUCCAGGGUAUUUCGUUUGGGCUGUCCUAAUAGCUAACUUGGCUCGCAUUGGUUAUGAAGAAAAAACCAUGUACAUGGCUGCAUAUGAUUGGAGAAUAUCAUUUCAGAACACUGAGGUGCGAGAUCAAACACUAAGUCGGAUAAAAAGCAACAUAGAACUUAUGGUUGCUACUAAUGGAGGCAACAAGGCUGUUGUCAUCCCACAUUCCAUGGGUGUGCUUUACUUUCUUCAUUUUAUGAAGUGGGCUGAAGCACCUGCUCCAAUGGGCGGUGGAGGUGGACCAGAUUGGUGUGCCAGACAUAUAAAGGCAGUGAUGAACAUCGGUGGACCAUUUUUGGGUGUUCCGAAGUCCGUGGCUGGGCUUUUCUCUGCUGAAGCCAGGGAUAUUGCUGUUGCCAGGGCAAUUGCACCAGGUUUCUUAGAUAAUGAUCUGUUUCGCUUUCAAACCUUGCAACAUGUAAUGAAGAUGACCCGCACUUGGGAUUCAACAAUGUCAAUGGUACCAAGAGGUGGAGACACUAUAUGGGGUGGUCUUGACUGGUCACCAGAGGAAUGCUAUCUCCCUAGCAAGAAAAAGCAAAAACAUAACGAUACUCAAUCGACAAGCCAGGACAAUGAUAACUCAACAAUUUCUCAAUCAAAACCUGUCAACUAUGGGCGGAUCAUAUCAUUUGGCAAGGAUGUGGCAGAAGCACCUUCUCUUGAGAUAGAGAGGAUUGACUUUCGGGUGAGGCUUUAUGUUAUAAAGAAAACCUUUGGCAUAAUUUCUGUUUUCUAUGAGGAUGCCAUUAAGGGUCAAAAUAUUGGAAAUACCACCUGUCGUGAUGUAUGGACUGAGUACCACGACAUGGGAGUUGAGGGAGUCAGAGCUGUUGCUGAGUAUAAAGUUUACACUGCUGGCUCUAUUGUAGAUCUGCUUAAUUUUGUUGCUCCAAAAAUGAUGGCUCGUGGUAGUUCUCAUUUCUCUUAUGGAAUUGCUGACAAUUUGGAUGAUCCAAAAUAUGAGCACUACAAAUAUUGGUCAAACCCCUUGGAGACCAAAUUACCAAAUGCUCCUGAUAUGGAAAUCUUUUCUUUAUAUGGGGUUGGCAUACCAACUGAAAGAGCUUAUGUUUACAAGUUAUCUUCCUAUGCUGAGUGUUACAUUCCUUUUGAGAUCGAUACUUCAGCAGACGGGGAUGAUGAGGAUAGCUGUCUGAAGGAUGGAGUGUACACAGUUGAUGGGGAUGAGACAGUGCCUGCUCUAAGUGCAGGUUUCAUGUGUGCUAAAGGUUGGCGUGGGAAAACCAGAUUCAAUCCUUAUGGAAUUCGUACUUACGUAAGGGAAUAUGAUCAUUCUCCUCCGGCCAACCUGCUCGAAGGCCGGGGCACGCAGAGUGGUGCUCAUGUUGACAUCAUGGGAAAUUUUGCAUUGAUUGAGGAUAUUAUUAGGGUGGCUGCUGGGGCUACCGGAGAAGAUCUGGGAGGUGAUCAGGUAUAUUCAGAUAUCUUUAAGUGGUCUGAAAAAAUUAAGUUGCCUCUGUAAAGGAAACAAUUAUGCAUUAUCUACUUCUCCAAAAGCUCAAAAGGACUUUCUUGAUCAUACACAAUAUACAAGUGGUAUAUUAAAAGCUUAUGUGAGAUCCUCUCCAACAAAAAAGGCGAGGAAGUGGCAAAAUAAAGAGGGCAAAAAAUUAAAAAUUAAAAAUUAAAAAGAGAAAGACAAUGAACAGUAGAAACUACUCAAUUCUUUGGAAUUUUCUAAGAGUUGUCGGCUUGUGAAUUCCACAAAGUGACGACAAACUGUGUCAGAUGCAACUGAUUUGAUUGUUGUUGCUUGAAUCAUUUGUGCAACAAAACGAAACUUGUGUUUGGAUGUCUGCAGGAGAUUCUUGAUAUGUAACCUAUUGAUAAUGUGCAACAAAAUUAUUUAAAUAACGUUCAUUUAUAUGUUGUUGUGUAGGAGCUUAUGUAAUUGUCUUAUUAUCCAAAAAAAUCAUGUAUUAUACGAA